GUGGCUUGGUUCUCCACUUACUUUACCUCAAACCAGACUAAAACCCAAUUGAUUGAUUUGGCUGCUGUUUUGGGAGACGAAACCAAAUUAAACCCGAUCAUAACCAAUCCCCUCAAUUCAAUACAAAUCGCAACUCUGAAGAUAAUAAUAUUACAAUAUAGCAACAAGCUAAAUCAAAUCAAAUUCUGACCACCAAAAACCAAAAACCCCAAAAACUGGGGAACGUCAUUUCCAGGCGCUCACGCAGCCACCGGAGACCGACGGCAAUGGCGGCCACCGCGUCUGCAGCCGCAGCCAAACCCCUCCCUUCCUUGGACUUCUCCGCCGAUUCUCCGCCACUCAGACUGGCCCUAACCCCCGAUCAGUACAAGUACUGCUCUCAGGCUCUCAAGUUCUUCAAAGACAAGCUCCAGACUUCUGACCAAAUCCACCAUGAGUUCGCUCAGCUACAGGCGAAGAGGAUAACAUCAUCUGAUAUGAAGAGAAGUUGCACUGUGGCUCUUGAUAGUGUCAAUUUGAGCAAAAACCGAUACACCGAUGUCUUACCAUUUGACACAAAUAGGGUUGUUCUCAACUCCUGUAAGGAUUACAGACCUUCAGCAAGGGGCUACAUCAAUGCCAGCUUAAUCUCGACUAGUUCCUCCGAAAGCAUUUCCCGGUUUAUAGCAACACAAGGUCCACUUCCACACACCUACGAGGACUUCUGGGAGAUGGUACUUGAGCAGCGUUGCCCUGUGGUCAUCAUGCUUACUCGCUUGGUCGACAAUUACAGGAUGGUUAAGUGUGGAGAUUAUUUUCAGUCUGAAGAUGGCCCUAGAGAAUUUGGUAAUAUAUGUAUAGUCACUAAGUGGCAAAGAACUACUGAAACUUCGUUAGAAUUGCGCCUUCUGGAGGUGGACUAUAAAGAGUCAGAGGAACCACCCAUGUCUGUAUUGCAUAUUCAGUAUCCUGAAUGGCCUGACCAUGGAGUUCCCGAGGACAGUAUUGCUGUCCGUGAAAUCUUGAAAAGAAUAUAUCAAGUACCACCAAAUCUUGGCCCCAUUGUGGUGCACUGCAGUGCAGGUAUUGGCAGAACUGGAACAUACUGCACAAUUCAUAAUACAGUCCAAAGAAUUCUAGCUGGGGACAUGUCUGCUUUAGAUCUUGUUGAUACAGUAACCACAUUUAGGUCUCAGCGAAUUGGAAUGGUCCAAACACUGGAGCAAUAUUUUUUCUGUUAUUCUGCCAUCGUUGAUGAAUUGGAAGACCUCAUCUCAAAUGAGCUCAAAAGAGCUUGAUCAAUAACAGAAAUGCUCCAUAAUGCUGGAAGUGGUCCACCUACUUGCUUAUUGAAGAACUGUGUGAUGCAUCAUUAUUCUGGUGGAACAAAUAGUGCUGCUAACAGCUAAUUAAGUCUCCCCGAAAUCAUCUGUUCCAUGAUUUUUUUUAACACGAAGGCACCAGGGAUCUGAAUAGUUAGGCAUUUCAAAUGUCCUGUUUGCCGCGCCAACAAGUCGACCCUGUAUGUCUAAAUCAUAUAACACUGAUACUCAAUGAGUUUCUAUUCAUUGCUAAUUGUUAUUCCUGGUGAACCUUUUUUACCUUUCCUUUUUAUUUGUUUUUGUUAGUGCAAAGGCCGUUAGGAGGGGCCGGCCAUAACACAAGCUUAUUACUUUCACUUUUCUAUCCAGACAUCUAAUUUGAUUUUAAGACUUCA